UGUUAAUCCUUGCCAAUUCUUUCAGGACAGAGGAGGAAAAAUACAGGACUCUCUUUGUUCUUGAUGUUCUGAAUAGCAAUUGACAAUAAAGCUCUAUGAUGGCACUGAUAGACCUGUCUCCCUGCAGUAGAAAUACCAGCUAUCAAGGACAAACCUGUGGGACACAUUGCCUCCAUCCUUCUUGCUGAAUUUAGCAACGUUGCAGGCCGGCCAAACCAGCUGCGGUGCAAAACAGAUCGGGUAGCACAGAAUCUCUGUCUCUGUUAUGGCUUCUGCUGGGCUCUGGGCGGUCGAUUAUGAGGUUCAUGGAGAGGUCCAGGGUGUCUUCUUUAGAAAGUACACAGAAGAGCAAGGUAGGAAGUUGGGGCUGGUUGGCUGGGUGAAGAACACUGCGCAUGGGACUGUGAUUGGACAGCUGCAGGGCCCGAAAGAGAAAGUGGAAAUCAUGAAGAACUGGCUGCGCACCGUGGGGAGCCCCAUGUCACGUAUUGACCGGGCCGUGUUCUCCAAUGAGAAAGAGAUCACUUGUCUAGAGUUCCAGUCCUUCACCACCAAGUAUUAGAAGAAGGAUCAAGGGAAUUUCCGCCCAGAAAGAGGCUCCACUUUUCCUUCUUUGAGAUGGACCUUGUUGCUGCUGCUGCUGUUCAGGACAACGUUAGACAUUGCUCUGUUAGUCCUAUCAUGCUUCUACCACACCAUUUGUGUCCAGAAAAAAAAACCCUGCAGCUUACAAGGUGUCCCAUAGAAUAGCCACUGCUCUUUUUGCCACUUUGCAUUGUUUGUUAAGUGAUUAGAGAAGAAUGAAUUGUCAAGUUAGAUUAAUGCCCAAAAAAUAAUAAAACUCUCUUCCCUUCAGGAAGACUCCUGAACCUAUGUUACCACUGAUCAACCUUAAAGCAAUAUGACUUUGGAACAGCACAUUAAUGUCCUCCACAUUUGUUGCCCUUCCAUCUCAGUGUCCACCCAUCAAGACUAUUAUUAGCUCACUAAAGUGUAUCUUUAAAGGAAAGAAAACUAGUUGUCUUUUAUAGAGGCGUUGGUCGGGGUUGUUGUGUGGCAUGACAUUGAUAUCGUUUCUGCAAUUGUAGGAAGAAACCGCAAAGUGGACUUAGGAGCAAGGUGAUUGAGGGAUUGCAAGUAGUGGCAGGCAUUCCUUCACUGAGGCAACGCCUUGCCAGCAACCCUUAUGAUUCAGCUACAUGAUAUUAUUUAAAUAAUUGAUGAACUUCUUGCUCUCUCUCUCUUUUUGUAUAUAUCUGUGUGUGCUGCAACUGAAAUGCAGAAGCUGCUCUAUGGCUCAGUGAAGGAGUUGAUGACCCCAUUCUGUUCACCUCAUCCACAUCCUUUUAUACUAAAGGAGGGUUUCUUGUAUUUCAGAAUACCUGUAUCCUAGUGAACAAUAGUGUAGUUUUGCUCUGCCUAUGUGAAUAAAACAUAUCCCUAUAAUUAGACAUUC